AUGGAUGAGGUUUCUCGCGAUCUAGAGAAAGCCGAGAUCGAUGCCAGCCAUCCUGGCCAGGCAGUGGAGGCUCGCGAUGAGCCUGCUCUCAGCCCAUCGCGUACCUCGUCUUCCUUGGGGUCUAUCUCGAGCAGCUCGUCCUCGGAAGUCCCCGUUGAGCCGAUUAUGUCAAGAAUACAGACCUCGUAUACGUUAGAAAGACACCCAACUGCCCUCAGUCGCAUUGCUACACAACGCAGUCAACAUAGCGGUACAGUCGGUGCAACUCUAAGGUCGCGCGUGUCAAAGAAGCCUCUCCCGCCAUUUGGUGGUGGAAAGUCCUAUCCGCCGGCUUUACCUGCAAAGGAAGCUUAUGUAGUGGAAUUCGAUGGCCCUGAUGACCCUUUGCAUCCGCAAAACUGGCCAACCAAGAAAAAGGUAUUAACCAGCGUCAUGUUGGCAUACACAAGUUUGGUUUCCACAUUUGGAAGCAGUAUCUUCGCUGAUGCUACAACGAGCCUUGCAUCUAUCUACCACGUCUCCACCGAAGUUACUCUUCUCGAACUUCGCGGUCGAAAAUUGCCCAUCAUUAUCGGUAUGACUGGCCUAACACUGUUUCAAUUCGCCGUAGCAACAGCCAAGGACCUGCAGACCGUUCUGAUCUGUCGAUUUUUUGCUGGAUUCUUUGGUGCUUGCCCUAUUGCAGUAGUUGCCGCCGUGUUUUCCGACAUGUUUGACAACCGUUUCCGUGGUGUGGCCAUUACCGUGUUUUCGCUCACCGUUUUCAUGGGACCUCUUCUUGCACCUUUUAUUGGCGGAUUCAUCGUCGAUAGCUAUCUCGGAUGGCGUUGGACUCAGUACCUGGUAGCCAUCAUGGCUUCUGCAGCGCUCAUUCUAGAUGUUUUCUUCCUCGAUGAGACUUAUCCACCUAUUGUCCUCAUCGAAAAGGCUGCAGAACUUCGUCGCCGCACAAGGAAUUGGGGUAUCCACGCAAAACAGGAGGAAAUCGAAGUUGAUUUCCGUGAGCUGGUGUCGAAGAAUUUCAGUCGUCCCAUCAAAAUCCUAAUUUCAGAGCCCAUCGUAUUGCUGUUGAGUAUCUACAUGGCUUUCAUCUAUGGUCUGCUUUAUCUCUUCAUGACUGCCUACCCAAUUGUCUUUCAGCAAAUCCACGGUUUCAACAAGGGUAUCGGCGGUCUACCAUAUUUCGGAAUGGCCGUUGGCGAGCUGCUUGCUGGUAUAUUUAUCAUCGCCAUGCAACCAUCAUACAACAAGAAGCUAGAGGCCAACAACAACAUCCCUGUCCCAGAAUGGAGAUUGCCACCGGCCAUUAUCGGCGGCGUCUCCUUUUCUGCAGGUCUUUUCUGGUUCGGCUGGUCGGGUUACAGAGCUGAUAUUCAUUGGAUUGUGCCUACACUGUCAGGGCUCUUAACAGGCUUUGGUCUUCUAUCGAUUUUCCUACAGUGUCUCAACUACCUUGUCGAUGCCUAUCUUCUUUUCGCCGCCUCCGCCAUUGCCGCAAACACAUUCCUUCGAUCCCUGGCUGGUGCCGUCUUUCCACUAUUCGCAACAUACAUGUUCAACGGCAUGGGCAUCAAUUGGGCCGGAACACUCCUCGGCUGCAUAUCAGCACUCCUCGUCCCGAUCCCCAUCUUCUUCUACUUGAGAGGUCACAAGAUCCGCGAAAAGAGUAAAUUCGCCCCUACCUUUGCGCCGGAGAGACCCGCUGAGGAGGAUGAGCAGUAG